AUGACUGGACUUACGGUGCCGAGGGGAGAAUAUACAAAUGUUGUGGUUCACCACAGAAUGGUGGGCGUGUCCGCCUUUGAUGACCAGUUUAACUGUGACUGGAAUUUUGAACUUUACGGAGUGGCGGAGAGAAUCAAGGAGCACCAUGGAGGGGCAAUAAGUGACGGUUUUCGAAUGUGGCUCAACCGUGUCGAGCCUGGGUUUAUCGUGCGCAACUUCAAACAGUCGCUGCGUGAGGCGUUCGGGUUAACCCCUCCGUCGGCACUACUAAUGACCUCUGAGGAGGAUAUUCCGCAUCAUGAGGUGACGGUUUACUACGACUUUGAACCGGCAGCUUUGCGUUUUCCGUUAUUGAAUAUUCGUCUUGGUGAAUGA